AUGAGAGACAAUAUCGAUGACAAUUUCGAUAUUGUGUUUCCUGAAAGAAUCAACAAGGGACGCACAAAGAGAGAUCUUUCUACAGGAUCAAAGGUAUUUGAUCCUUUAGUAUCAGUGAGAACUAUAAACGUGCUCAAUUUGCAAUAAAGUAUUAUUUUACAAGUCUCUGUUAUCUCUGCCUCUAAAGUUAUGUUUUGACGCCUGAUUUUUUUUUUCGUAUCACAGUAAGCGUUAGUCUCCUUCACAGGCGUUAUUUGGGAUGUCACGUGAUGAGAAAAGCGUCGCGCGACUUCCCAAAGGAGGUUAGGUGCGCGCGCGUGCGCAAAAAGGAGAGUUUACAACCCUGCUGUACACAAGCCCCCAGCCAGAUGCUACUCCAAAAAUAUAGCCGGUUCAAUCUGCCAAUUAGAGUCAUAUGCCUUGCUUACCCUGUUCAGUGUUUAGUUCUUUCAGUCAUUAUAAGAGACUUUUCCAAUCAGAUAUGUGCUCUCCAAUUGCCAUAUCUAAAACUCCUUCCGCUGCCACGAAGUACUUUUGAGUGCAGUUUCCCAUGACUGAGAAUUUUUCAUAUUUCAGUGAAGAGAUACUAAGAGAUACCAACUGGCUGGGACGCCAACUGUUCCUCUUUGACAACAAUGAUUAUAAAAAAUUGAUGUGUGUCAUACUACUUUGAAUUCGUGACAGAAUGGCCAUGACGAGGAAGGCGACAUUUAAACUGAGAGCUUUCGGUAAAGAUGUUGUGGUGGAAGUUCAUCUUAACAAGUAAGUGCCGAGGAGACUGUAACUUCACAUGGCGCUGGUUGGCUAAGUAAGCCCCACGUGAACUGAGCGUGGUCGGUCUUUCACGAUUGACCAUAACACUCCCUUAUUGCUGAUAUUACAGCUUUUAUUACAGCUUCCAACCCUUUACGCCAUGACGUUAGUAUUUAUAUUCUCCAUUCUUAUCCCUUUACAUUUCCUGUGGCAAUAACAAGGAGAAUUUGUUUGACAAUCAGCAGCUUCUUAAAUUGGUGAUUAUUUCCAUUAUCUCCAUGACUUUUACAUUUGAUUCAAGGGUGCAUGAUACUGUGAUGAGAGACUGGAAGCCAAUCAAUCUUUAGGGUGAAAGAAUAACGAUUUACACCAUUAGUAUGAUAAGUGAUUGUGCAAUGAUGUUUUUCCGAAUAGGUCCACUUUUAUGAUAAAUUAUGUUUUUGUUCUCCACCAGGAUAGUUUCUUCACCACAGUUUACUCUUCGUUAUUUUAAAGAAAACGGCCAGUUGGUUCAUAGAAAGGUAACACACCAAACAGAAAUUACCCUUACCAGCUCUUAUUCAUCGCAUUUUGCUACAGAAGGCCAAUCAGAAGGGAGGAAAGGCAAUAUCUUACUACUUGUGAGGGUCUUUUGGGUUAAACAAGUUAAGCUGCAGUCUGAUAUUACUACCCACGUUUCUUGCUUUAAUGUUAGGAGGCACCGCCUAACUGCCAAUAUCAAGGUCACCUGAAAGGUCAUGAGGCGCAGUCAACGGUCAUCCUUGAUACUUGUCAUGGAUUGAGGUGACUCUUUAUCAUGUGGCGUAAUUUGUCUAUGUGCAAGAAAAUUUCAUAUACUUCUAAAACGCACAUAACAGUACAACUUUCAAAAAUUUCAUUGACGAUUUUUUCGUUAGUUCUUUUAUAAUUGUUCACGUUCCUCAAGGGAUGCAAUAUUAACCACGUUUUCCCUUUUUCAGUGGCUUGAUUGAAGACGAGGAGAGUAGAAUGUACAUAGAACCAUACCCAGAAAAGGUUUGCGAAGAAUUUUAUAACCUGGAAACAGUUAGCCUAGGAUUUUGUCAUUAAAAAUAAUCUUUUCAUCCUUCCAUCGCAAUAUUACAGGGAGAAGGAGCGCACAAGAUAUUCAAGACGAAAGACGGAAAGAAGAAAAUAUUUCUAUGUGGUACGUUGGCACCUUUACAAAGCUCCAAGCUUAUAGCACCCGAAUUUGUGCCCCCUCUUCAAUGAAGGCUUAGUGAAUGCACACAAUUGGGAUAAUCAUAUUAUUCAAGACAUUUCAUGGGCAUGGUCAGGAUUUCUGGUUUUUAAACAACAGGGUCCUACAGCAAUGUCUUAUUAGAAUUUAGGAGCAUACAGGUUUUUUCAAUUUUAUGGAUUGUUACUAUUUAUCUGUGUCAAACCAGAAAGGGGGUAAAAACCAACUUAGCACUAAAAUAAUCACGGCCCCGCACUACUUCUUUUUUGUGACGUCCUCAGGGUUUGCUAUCCUUGUACGCGUCCUAAGGGUUUGCUAUCCUCUCUGUAAUCUCGUACCCAGAUCCUACCGUUUAACUGUAACUAAAAUGUAGGGACCUUGACACCGCUUCUCCGUGGAAGGUCUGGGUAUGAGACUAUCCUUUCUGAAUACCGCUAGGAUGAAGCCAUCGGAUUCAUUUAAGUGGAGUUGUGUUUCGUAUUAUUAUAGAAUAAUAAACUGAAACAUCCAUUUUGAUUUUUGAAGGAACCAGUUUGAAUGGGAAUACCACAGCAGAUGGAUUGAGCAAUUCAUUAACAAAAUCUAGGGUAAAUCAAUAGAACAACACUACGAGUUUAUCAUACUAAGUGCGAUAGUUUUAAAAAUCUGGUCUUUUCCAUUAUUCCACUUUCUAACUUUAAAACAACGCUAUACAUGCUAUGGCUGAUCAGCUUAGAGUGCAGUGGAUUGGGAUAAGAAGGCAGGAUAUGCGCAUAUUACCUUUUGUAUUUAUUUUGUAAUCCUUUGAUAUUCGACUGAUCAUUUGAGAGAGAGAUUUAAAAGGGGCUCAGAACAGGGCCAAACUAUUCACAAGUUGAUGUUAUAUAAAAUAAAUGGAACUGAAAAGUGAAUUGCAAUGAAUCAUAUCAGGAACAAUGCGUGCUCCGCUGCCUUAAAUGAAACGUCUUAAAUUAUUAUCUGACGACCUUUCAGUGACUAUAUAAAGAAAACUAUAUUAGAAUUAGCGGACUGAUUUUCUAACUUAAAUAAGGGACAAUAUAUGUUACCUUCUACAGAAGACUUAUGAUUAUUUUCAGAUUAAACGGGAAGCUGAAGAGUCAGUGUAUAAGAAGUACUUGACAACAACGAAAACUCGCUAUACGGAGUUAAUGAUCAUUGUUGACAAUGCUGUGGUAAGCUUUUUGUGGUUUAAAUACUACAAUUUUAUCAAAGUAAAAUUUAUUUUAAAAAUUACUAGAACUUUUAUUUCCUUUCACCCACAUGAUCUGUCGUAGGAAAAAGAGUAAGAUGUCAUAUUUCUUUUGUUGUUGUUGUUGCAGUACAAGAAAUACAAGCAAGACAUUAACGACGUGAAACGAAGAGUUUUUACACUAGUAAAUGCUGUCGACACGGUAAAUUGAUCAAAGGAGUUGGUUAUAAUGUCAUUGACUCUUUUCAAGAAGUUCGAGGCUCCAUUGACGGAAGUCAGACGUUCAACGGGCAGAAUGAUCUAUAAAAUUUUUGUGUUGAAAAAAUUCAUUAUCUAUGAAGUUUGUACAACUUUUAAGCACAGAUUUAUUGCUUCUUCACAUCAUUGUUACAGAUUUAUCGAAAGAUCAACAUUCGAGUUGUUUUAUCAGCGCUCGAAAUCUGGACAGACGAGGAUCACGUCCCUUUUGUUAAGAGAGCCGGCGAUGAUUUAAGAAACUUUGGGAGUCAUCACUCCAGCAGAGAAGCCGGAGUCACCUACGACAGUAUACACCUGUUGAGGUACUGA